AUGAAGGACUACUCAGAUGUCAUCCUGUGUGUGGAGGCCAUGGAGCUAAGCAAGACCGAAUUCUGCAAUCCUGCAUUUGAGCCUGAAUCAGGGUCACCUUGUCCUCCACCUGCCUUCCAGCAAGAUGCCAGCUGCAACCUCCAAGUCCCCUGGCAUGGUAAUCACGUCCGAGGGCCACAGCCAGACUGCCACUUCUCCUGGCUCUGUGUCCUUCUGCUGACUGGCCUACUGCUGCUGCUGCUUGGGCUACUGGUGACCAUCACUGUCGCCCAGUUGCAGGGCACAUCCCCAUCCAUGGCCUACGAUAGCCCACUGCCUGUCCAAGGCCUGGGGGCUACCACCAGGACCACCUCUCAGACAACUGGGACUCCUCAAGGACAGCAGAAGACACGUAUGAACCCUAUACCCCAGUCCACCUGUGGGGGACUCCAUACUGGCCUAAGGGGCUUCUUCAGCAGUCUCAUCUACCCCAGCCAGUACCCACCCAAUGCCCACUGCAUGUGGCAUAUUCAGGUGGCCCCUGACCAUACAGUGCAACUCAAGAUAAUCAUUCUCAGCGUGGAGACUGUGGCUUCCUGUCUUUUUGAUCUCUUGAAGAUCUCACCUGAACCUGAAGGGCCCCUGCUCAUGGUUUGUGGGAGGGUACCUCCCCUCACACUCAACACCAAAGUCAGCUGCCUCGGGGUGGCCUUCGUCUCUGACAGCAGUGUGGAAGGAUUCGGUUUCCAUGCCUGGUACCAGGCUGUGAGCCCUGGGCAUGGGAGUUGUGCCCACAAUGAAUCCUCCUGUGACCAGCUCCUCUGCCUGCUCUCCGACUCAGUGUGCGAUGGCUUUGCUAACUAUGCUGACAGCAGUGCCAACUGCAGUACCAAGUCCCCAGGAUGUGGGGGGAAUUUGACUGAGCUCCAGGGCACUUUCUCUACUCCCAACCACCUGCAGCUGCACCCUCAUCAACAGCUUUGUACAUGGCAUAUCUCUGUGCCUGCUGGACACAGCAUAGAACUGCAGUUCCACAACUUCAGGCUGGACAUUCAGGACGAGUGCAAGCUUGACUUCGUGGAGGUGUAUGAGACCAGCAACUCAGGGGCUCUGAGCCUCCUGGGCAGGUUCUGUGGAGCAGAGUCACCUCCAUGCCUCGUCUCCUUGCACCACAAACUGGCUGUGCUCUUUAGGACAGAUCAUAGCAUCAGCAGCGGAGGCUUCUCAGCCACCUACCAGGCCCUCAAUGCCACGGACUACCCCUGCGGGGCCAGAGAGUUAUCCUGCCAGGACAGAGGGUGUAAGGAUCUGCAGUGGAAGUGUGACAUGCAGAGAGACUGCACAAUGGGCAGCAGUAACAGCAACUGCAGCUGCCCCCUCUUCCCACCCCCAGUGACCCCAUCCUCCCCACAGGCUUGUGAGCCCAUCCAGGUGGAGAUGUGCAUCAGUCUGAGCUACAACACCACGGCCUUCCCUAACAUCUGGGUGGGCAUGGCCACCCAGGAGGAGGUGGUGGAGGUCCUCAGAGGCUACAAGAGCCUGACAAGUUUACCCUGCUACCAGAACUUCUGGAGGCUCCUCUGUGGGCUGCUGGUGCCCCGUUGCACCCCACUGGCCAGUGUCCUUCCCCCCUGCCGCUCUGUCUGCCAGGAGGCAGAACGCCAGUGCCAGUGUGGCCUGGCACUACUGGGCACCCCCCAGCCCUUCAACUGCAACAGGCUACCUGAGGAAGUUGGCCUGGAGAUGUAUGCCCAGCCCUGA